UCUCCAACGUUUCUAUGAAUUAGUCUUGCGCCAAACUCUUUCAAAAUAGCAGCUAGCAGAGCAGUGUAUUCGAAAAAUCCUUACAUUACUGUGUACGUAUUGCAGUGUUCUCAGGGCUCUGAUAAUGACACUGCUGCUCACCUUAUUUGGCUUUUUUUGAUACAUUUUUUGAGCACCAGAUAAGUCGAUUCGCCAAUGAACUAAACGAAUGAAUGAUUUUUGCGAAUAUUAUGAUUUUCAAUUGCACACGUUGAGUAUUUCGCACCCAGUAGCUGUUUAUUAAUUACCGCACCGCAUAUUUCACUUAAGAAUUUCAUCUGCAAUGAUGAUUUUGAAUAAGAAAGGUCCCAAACAGUUACUUCUGUGUGCGUGUUAUUUCGGAAUGGUAAUAUCUCAGGUUCAAACUUUUCCUGGUGCUACUGCCUAUAGAAACCCAGGCGAGGUAGUAUCUUCCAAAAAUGGACUUCAAACUGAACCGACUUGUGAGGAAUUAAAAGCGAUGUGGAGAUUUUCAAAAAGACAAUCUAGAGCUGCGGAACUAACUAACGAGCUUCCAAUGUACAGAGACCCGUUCGCGGACAAUAUUUGGGAACCUUUCUAUGCCACGUCUAGAAGCAUUGGAGGAAUGCGGAUCGGAAAAGGACCAAUUUACGGGCGAGUGGUUCAUAAUCCACCGUAUAUGCAAAUACGGGAUCCCAUUUUAAGAGACGAAAUGUUCAAAGCGAUUACAAAUCUCUAUCACAGGCCACCGAUUUCUGAGCCGGCAAAGCAAACUACCUUUAGGUUUGGAGGCGGUCCAAUACCUGUCAUCAGAUAUCCUCCACAAACCGGAAGUUUUAAUCAUCUUAAAGAAUUAAUCAAAACCGAAAGGGCUCGCGAGUUACAACAACAAAGACUUGCAGAGGAAUCAGCUGCAAGGGCUGCUUCCUUAAAGGAAUCCGAACGAAACCAACCAGGGAGAUAUAACGGAGACCAUUAUUUGUACGACGUUGGUGAUCCGCAGGAAAUAAUGUACUCAGGAGAUGUAGGAGACCAUGAAGAGCAGGAAGAGCACGACAGUGGAAGAAAGGCUCAAGGAUCCGGAGGAAUCAUCUCCUUCCCGGAUCUUUUCGCACCAGGAUCGCGUUCUGAAGGCCACAUUGCCAGACUUGUAUCUGAUUAUUCCCCCUACACAAGAAGACAUGUCGUAGGGAGAAUAAGGCCUCACGGACCGUCACUUUUUGAUACUAGUCAUUUUAAUGAUGCCUACUCUGGAUAUAUACUGUAGGAUGGAAUGCAGACUAAAAAGGUUCAUAUAUAACUUAUAUAGAUGAAUACAAGCAAGUGGUCCGCCAGAACAUUUAAGACAAUUACAACAAUAAAAUGGAAAUCUAAUAAUAUUUUUUAAUUCCAAGUACUUGUUAGUAAAGCUUAUUUACCAAAACGCUAAGAUCAAUGAUGUGCGAUUUCACAGUGUGGAGAUAACUAUAACAAAAAUAUUUGUUAUCAAAAUUUUUGUUACAGAAUAUCCUAGUAGUACCUAUACCAUGCCAGUUAGGUUAUCUCUGUCUGUCUUCUUCAUUUUAUCAUCUCGUGCAUCAUAUCACUAAAAAGUCUACGAACAUUGUAACAAUGCUCUCAUGUUUUAUAAAAGCUCUCGCAUUAUCUAUUAUAGUAGGCUAGGCCACUUACGCAUGUUUGUAUCGCAUUUAUCGCAUCGCCGUUAUACAAAAACCCUGAUUAAAUUUUUUAUAAUUGUGAUCCCAAUUUUGUGCCACAAGGGAAAGCUAAUUUACACAGAUAUACUAGAAAAUGGCUUUGAAAAAUUACUUAAGCGUUAAAGUAUCAGUAAGAGCGGAGUAACGUUUGAAAAUUUACGGUAGACAUAUCCCAUAUCUAGAUAUCACUUUUCUUGCAUAUCUCAUAAAUCUUAAGCAACACAAACAUAUUAUAAUGCCGAAUUUACUAAAUGACCUCAUAAGAAGUAUAUAUUUAGUAUAUACCUUAACUUCAAGCUUUUCCAAACCGAGACAUUACAAUUUAUAUAAAAACGUCGUCUUCCUCUAUUUAAACGCUUUUCCAAAAAUAAGCUAACUUAUAGAUUAGAGUAUUUAUUUUAUUAUAGUUAAAAUUUACUCUACGAUCGUUGCCAUGUAAAUACAACCCACCUAAAUAUGCUCAUAUGUUGAUUAAUUUUAAAUCUCCAUAUUUUUAAAAAAAAAAUUGGAAUGGUAAAAAUGGAUGUGAUGAUAUGACAAUAAAGCCAUUUGCCUAGAUAUAAACAUUUACAUUUCAAUCCAAUGACUCGUGUAAUGAGCAUUUAAUUUGUUCAUUGAUUAUACCUGAAAGCGAAUAUUUUUUAACCGUCUCGUAAUUCAAUUCAAAAUGAGACCUUACGUAUAUAAGUGUAUAUAGUUAAAACCCAAAUAUGUGACAAUAAACUUUCAAGUCAAUUUCAAAUACUAGUAUUUAUAUUCUUCAAAUUCUAAGGGCCCAAAUUUGCUGAUAUAAAUACUCUAUAAUAAUAGAAACGGUUUCUUUUAUGUUUUAUUGUUUAGCUCUAUUUUCAGUUACGUUUUUUUUUAUUACGCUCUUCUAGUAUAAGGAUUUCAACAUUCACAUUAUUCAUUUAACGCUAAGAGAGAAAUCCUAACAUAUCUAUCACUUAUUAUUUAAAUAAAUAUAUUUUAAGCGUGUAAACUAUAUAUCGCUAAAAAAGAUUGACUCACUCCCCUUAGAUUAGCUAUUUUAUAUGUAAAAUGUUUGUAUAUGUGCAGCACCCCUCUCAAAAUAAAAAAUAGAUAGGAA